AUAUAUAUAUAUCCCCCCUAUACUUUAACUAAUAGAAAGAAUGAAUAUUUUUAAAAAAUGAUUUCGUUUCAUUUCUCGUAUUGAAUUCAAUGUUGUGAUUUAUUUGCCAACUUACUAUCGCUCUAUCUCACGUGACUAAUAUUGCAAUACAAUAAUUUAUAUCAUAAAAACUACGUGAUAAAACACGUAUAUUUGUUAGUUGAUGAUGGUGUAGAAGUCAAAAUUCUUCGAUUGAAAUAAAUCAAUUCAAAUUAUUCAAUUCACAUGGUGGCGUAGCUAGAUCACGCAUUCAAUCUCAAUCUGUCCAGAAAUUUCCAACAAUUUUCAACGAAAUACUAUACUAAGUAUAAAUCUAUUAGCUUUUUGAAUGAUGAACGAAAAUAGUGAAUAAAUUUCUGUAAUAUAAUUAAAAGUGAUGAUGUCAUCUGGUGAUGAAAAUAAUGAAAAUAAUAUCAGCAGAACCAACUGUUUUGAUAUUCUCCAACAGGUGUCAUGUCGAAAUUUUAGACCUAAAGUGUAUUCCUAGUAGCGGUUUUAACGACAGUAUGGCGUUUUUCAUAGAAACUGCUCUUUUGCGUACUAGUAAUGGUCUCCAAAUCGAAAUUUUCUAAUUGGACGAAAUUCAUUGUAAACUUAAAGUAGAACUCCUGCAACAUACUCUUACACUUAUUUUCCGAGAAUGUAUACUAUUUUCAGAAUAAAGAAAUACAACCCGUUAGCAUAUAGAACGUCCCGAAAUCAGCUAAUGCAAAAUUUUUCCAUCUCUUUGUUCAUGAAUAUAAUUAUGCAUCGACUUUUUGAUAAUCUAUACACCCCAUUAUUCACGUGGACUGAUUUAACGCUCCUGAAUUGAGUUUCCAUCCAAAAUUUUCAAAUAUUUACGCAAAUGAUAUACAAAAUUGAACAAUCGAUGACGCACAUAUUCACAUGUAUAGCAACGUAUUGAAUAAUUGCUUCACAAUUUAUUCCGAACGGUCAUUAUAUUCAUUUCAAAAAAAAUUUUCUUCCGCUAUGAAUACUGUCGCAAAAAUUUUGAAUUCCUUCAUUCGCUUACAGUGCGUGAGAGGCCAGGUACGUAAAAGAAUUUUAUUACACUGUUAAUUCCAUCAAAAGUUUCUGUUCCUCAAUUCUAGAGAUUUAUUGCCCUCACAAAUAUUUAUAUUUUACGCUAUUAACUUCGUAUAAGCACAUUAAUCCUGAUUUAAACUGGUGGUAAAAAACAUUUCGCAGAAGCUGUUGAAUUUGUUUUUUUAAUGAGUUUUUCGCCCAUUAGUUAAUUAGCUAGCAGCUCACCUUUCACAAAAAGUAGUUGGUACAUGCCAGUCAUGUUUGGGUUGCGAACUAGGUCGGUAGUGUACUUAUAAACAUUGCUCUCAUAGUUAUUACCAAUUAAUUAUUUCAAUUGAUCUCAAAUUUACAAUCGUGGGCCCUAUUAACGUGUUAUGAUACUGUAAAUAAGUUUUUAGUAAUAGUGAAGAAAUACUUGCAAGGUAUGUGCUGACAAAUCAUUUUUUAAAGCAAUUAACAUUAUCGUAGAACUAUAUGAAUUAAAGCUCAAAAUUGUCGAUUGUAGAACAGGUUUGAUAAGCGAAUGUUAUAACGAUCAAAAUAGAUGAACCUUGAAAGCAUUCAUUGGAAUGUAGCCUUCUUCAAAUAAUUUUUUUUAAACGCACGUGUUGGGAUUCGAAAAUCGAUUUAUCUUAUGUAUUAUGUAUCCAAAACGUUUGAACGAAAUCUAUUGUAUUUUCAGAAUGAGUGACUUCAGACCUCGUAGCUACUCUAUUCGCGAGUUCCCAUCUAACGGCAUAACGAAGCAGGUCUCGCAGAGAUCGAUAGAAAAUUCAGGUCAUGAAACGAAUACGGCCAUCGAAAAUGCGUUGGACAAGUUGAAUAACCUAGUCGUUAAUCCCGUUGGUCUGUCAUUUUUUAGUGACUUUUGCUACAUGGAACAGCAACUCGGUCACUACAAUGUUGGAAUUUGCAACAUGUGUGUACCAGAAACGGGUGAGGCGAUGUCUGGCAACGAAAUUUUUGUGCCGAUGGACUGGCCGGUUGGUCGAUUCAAGAAACUGCUAUUGUCAUUAGCUAAAAAAGUGAUUGACGAUGUUGUUUCUGAUCAGAUAAUCGUUUUACAAGUAAACAGGGUACCUACAACGCUGGCUCGAUACCAAGAUGAAAGUAGAGCCUACUACGUCUUUGAAAAAGUCCGCGAUCAAGAACUAACGGACGCAUACAUGAUUGAUGUGAUCAUUAGUAAAAAUAUCAUAAAGGGAAGAAAUUCUACGGGGGCUGGUACUUCAACUGCAGAGAACGCUUCAGCGAAACCGGUCGACGAAAAUUCUAAUAAUGACAUGUUGUUUGAUGAUUAUGUUAUUUGUACAUAUCAAACUGACAAUCGAACAGCGUAUUACGUAGUGCCGCCCACACAAUUUAUACAGACGAUGCGUCCUGAGAGAAAUAUCACACGUGCGACACAUCAACGUACGUCAGGCGGUAUUGAGAGGUGCUCAUUAUUUAGAAUAAUAUAA